AUGGCGGCUCCCUGGACAUGGAGGCUCGAUCCUUCCUCUGGCUCCGCAUCAGUGCUGGGACCUUCUCCUUCCACCAUUGCCGUCAGUGCUGAUCCGCUCUCGGCACUGGCGCAAUCGACCGAGACCGCAUCGGCUGACGACAUUGUUUGGCACGACUUCGGCCCCCCACCACGCCCCACAUCCGCACGGCAAGCACGCAAAAGAGCAAGACUGAAUCGCUUCGACUCUGACGAUGACGAGAAUUUCGAUCAGACCCUGCGCACAGAGCCAAGUAGCCACGAUCACGCCGAUGCUGUUCCUGGUCCGGUGGCUGAGCUUGACGCCCAAGAGGCUCGAGAGGACGACGAAAAUGCCGGAUUGGCGAGCACUUGCAGCUCGGACUCGGAAUCCAACGACGAGGAUCCUCCGCUCCGCGAGCCGCAAGCAAGCCAGUCUUGCUCUCUGCAGCUCGAGACUCGCAAGCACCCCGAGAUCUCUUUACAAAAAGCACGUAAAUCCACACGGACCAACUCGGAAGAUGCCUUUGCCGAGUCUACACGACUCAUGGCGCACACCAUCUACACGUACAGCCUUGCUGAUGAGGCAAAGCGUCCCGAGAACACAGACCCGCCAUCACCACUGACGUACAAAGAGACGGUGCGACUCGUGCGUCUCAUCGCCAUGAUCUUUCGCUUUCCAAAGCCGACUCGACGUGUCAGUCGGCGACACACCGACUCGGCCGACAUCGCCUCCCCGCCUUCAUCGAGCCAGUCCACUCCCACACCAGCUGUCAAGGACGAAAGUGACGAUGAAAAGUUCAAGAUCGAGCUCAAGCCCAAGUACCUUUCGUCAGCCUCGGAUGGUGGGUCGCGCAGGCCGCGGAUGCUGGCGAGGGUGCAUCCGGAAGAUACGCGUGUGGAUUCGGCGGCGGUGCUGAAAAUGCUGGCGCUCGUGCCGUCUGUGCUGCCGGCGCGCGUGGGGGAUGCUGCGUGGAUCGUGAACCUUGCCGUGCGUGCACGCCGCGACGAGUACGGCAACAUUCUACUUCCUGACAGCGUCUACGCUUCUGCUCAGCCCGCAGACACCCACACGGGCAGCACAACUUGCAAGGGGGAGAAUGAGGGGCCGCAGAAGAUCACACGCUCGCUCGUGCACAAGCUCGGCAGGGAGGCACCAGCCAUCCCCCUGCCCCAGUUCUGGCGUCGUCGUUCGCCCUCCGCAUCCGCAACGCACGAGUCCGAUUGCAAAGAGCACAACGCCCAAGAACGGCCACUUCCAAACGCCCAGGCAAACGUGGAGACACUCACUACCUCUGCGGCCGAGACGCAGCAAGAUGCCGCUGCUGCAGAGGAAAGCGGAGAGCGUGCGGUCAAUCUGUCCAGGCUGCUUGCCGAUCGCAUGCGUGAAAAGCGCCAGGCCAAAACGCUGCUGCUACGCACCCACCCUACACUGCGCAAACGACGCCCUGCCCAAACGUCGAGCCAAGCAGUGCAGCACGAUGCAGAGAACGAGGCGGAUGCACUCACCGCCGCCAACACCGCAGCCAAUGCCCUCUCGCACUCACAGCUACCACUGCCCGACCAUGUAGAGUAG